AUGGUGAUAGCAAAGAGCAAGAAAGUGAAACCAAACAUGAGUAAUACUAUUAAAAAUAUGGACUAUAACUGGACACCUGGUCCAGAGCCACAGAACAACCAGGAUGGUGGUGUGCCCAGGGCAAUCUUCGUUCCUCACUCGAACUCGUUGCCGUUUGAAGAACGUCGUGUCACGUUGGAGCAGCCAGUCAAGAUUGGCCGCAACGUGUACCGCGCGACUCCGAGCCCGACGAACACAAUAUUCGAAUGCCGAGUGUUGUCUCGACACCACGCCACGCUCUAUUACGACAAGGGCCACUUUUACCUUGUGGACAAUCAGAGCAGCAAUGGCACGUUCAUCAAUAACAACCGGUGCUCUAUAUCGAAGGAGCAAGAACCGCACGAGGUGUUCUCCGGUGACGUGGUGCAGUUUGGAAUACCGGUCGUGGAGAAUGCUGGCAAUUCUGAGAAGAAUACGUUCCCGCCCGUGGUUGCUCUACUCAAGCUAUACCAUCCCGAUGGAAAGGAGGCGAAACUAUCAUUCAACCCCACUAUGACCACACCUCUCGACCUCAAAGAGUUGUAUCAGUUAAACAAUUUUGUACAGGAGGCGAUCCAGCGCGAGGCGUCGCUGGAGACGCGGCUGCGCACGCUGCGCGAGUGCGUGGAGCGCACGCGCGCGUCGGCGGCGGCGGCCUGGGACCUGUUCGUGGGCGAGCAGCGCCUGCUGCUGCGCGUGCACACGCUGGAGAGCGUGCUGGCCGUGGGCGCGCAGCCCUCCGCCGCGCAGCUGGCGCAGCUGCUGAGCGACAAGCGCAACUACCAGGAGGUGGCGCAGGAGUCGCUGCGCGCCGCGCACGAGCAGCGCCUGCAGCUCGAGGAGUCGCUGGAGCGCCGCAGUCGCGAGCUGGCCGCGCUGCACCAGCAGAACUACGCGCUCCGACUCACCGCCAACAACGCGCUCGCCGAGCUACAGAAGUUGGCAGCGCGGUGUGAGCGCAAGAUGUGCGCGGCGCGACUGGCCAUCGCCGCGGCGGAGGAGCGCGAGCUUGCAGUCCGCAACCAUCUGCCACUCGCUUACUCUGUACAAAACGGCGAGGCGAAGAUGUUGGUGGUGAGCUCGGACAGUAACCGCGUGUCGGAGGCGACGCGCGCGGCCACGUUGGAGGACGCGGUCAGAGCACUGCCCGACUACAUCAAGCUGCUACUGCCGCAGCAUCUGCUCAACAAGGUCGGAAUUAAAGCGAUAUCAGCCGAAGGAAAAUCAGCGAAGGAGUUCGAAUUAAUAUUAAAGACAAAUAAUAUUUAUAAUACAGAGAGUAAAGAAAAACAGAAUAACGAAGAGGGCGGUGUUAGUGGGAGCGGCGAGGAUAAAACUGGCGAGCCUGACUCGUGUACUGAUGAUGAAAAACAGUCGCGGCUCAACCACGACCCAGGCCACGAGGAGAGUCCGAGUCCGCUGGACGGUGAGCUGCACGCGGACAACAACGCCAACUCCACAUACAGUGAACCCAGCACUAGAGAAGAAUCACCUAGUAAAGCGGGAGUGGAGUAUGCGAACAUUUUGCGCGUGAUGGCGGGUCUGAACGAGGAGAUCAAAGUGCUGCGCGAGCGUCUGAGCGCCGCCGCCGCCGACAACGAGCAGCUGCGGGCCGCGCGCGACGAGCUGCUCGCCGCGCAGCCAGACCACGACGCGCACGACUCGCCGCCGCUCGACGCAGACGACGCCGCCACGUACCGCGCGCGCAUCGCCGACCUGCAGGCUCAACUCACUCGUUCGACUGUGGCAGAGGAGUCCAACCUUUCCGAGAUUCAGCGACUAGCGUCGAGUGUCGCCGAGAUGCAAGCCGAGCUAGCGUUCCGGCCGACACGCGCCGACAUCGACGACCUCACCGCCGUCGUGGGCAAACUGCGUGCCGAGCUACUGGCGCGGGACCAACAGAUAGAGAGGCUGCGCACCUCCACCAUGCGCGAGCGUGCCGUCGCUGACAAGGCCGUGGAGACCGACGCACCGCUCGACGACCCGCGCGACAGCCAAGAAACGGCCGAGCGGUCCAUCGACGCCGGCAAGAUCUCCGCAGAGAUUGACGAGAUGUUCCGCCUCGACUACGAUGACGACGAGGAGGAGACCGACUCCGCGGUUACUGAGAUCAACCGCGACGAGGAGGAGGCGGCCUCAGAGGAAACUGAGGGAGCGGAGGACGCGGCCGGAGGCGAGGGCGGCGCGGGGGGGCCGGGGUAUGUGCGCGUGCACGACGGCCAGCGCCUGCGCGACGCGCUGCACAACGGCUCGCUGCUGGCGCUGGAGGACGAGCUGGUGCGCGCCAAGGAGCGCUGGGCCGAGGCGUGCGGCGAGCGCGCGCGACUGGCGGCGGCGCUGGCGGCGCUGCAGAGCAAGCCGGCACUGCCCGCGCUGUCGCUGCGGCACGUGUUGGCGCUGGCGGUGCCGCUGCUGGCCGCAGCGCUGUACUUCGUGUUGCUGCCGCGCGCGUCCUGA